AUAUAUUAUCAAGGUAUUAACAUUCCCGAGAGAGAGAGAGAGAGAGAGAGAGAGAGAGAGAGAGAGAGAUACUCACACAUUCACAGACAGAUCAGAAAAGAGGUCUGUCUAUGGAGCUGAAUGAACAAUGUUUCCUAGAGGAAUUACUAGCUCUAAGAGGAGACACUUCGAAGAUCAUCCCAGCACAGAUGAAUCAGGUCUUCUCUAAUGGUUGCACUUUUGAUUACUUUGAGCAAAGCCGAGCCAUUUUUCUUCCAGAGUACUCCUGCCGUGAAGGAUUCUCUCCGCAGCUUGAACAAAACUUGGAUACCUCCUACAUGAAUUUCAAUCAAGUCUAUUGUCCAUUUGGCAAUGAAUUCUCAGCUCCACAGCUUACUGAUUCAUCACUUAACACACCGCCUUUUCCUGUUCAAGAAGACUAUGAUCCAUUUGCCAUAAUGGAAGAAAAAGAGCUGGCUAUACUUGGGAAUGAAAUUCACAAUUUGGAGCUGCAAGCUUCUUGCAAAGCCGAGCCAAUCCAGUCCCCAGAAGCUCAAGUUUUCAGCAUGGGUGAGCGUCUCCCAGGAAAGAAUCGAGCUAAGAAGCUGCAGGGCCAGCCAUCAAAGAAUCUAAUGGCCGAGAGAAGAAGAAGAAAGCGGUUAAAUGACCGCCUUUCAAUGCUAAGAUCCAUUGUUCCUAAGAUAAGCAGGAUGGACAGGACGUCUAUACUUGGUGACACUAUAGAUUACAUGAAAGAACUCCUAGGGAAAAUCAAUCAUUUGCAACUAGAAACUGAAGCUAAUUCAAACAGUACAGAAAUUUCCAAGAAUGUAAGACCAAAUGAAGUCUUGGUGAGAAAUUCACCAAAGUUUGAUGUGGAAAGAAGGGAUGCGGAUACCAGGAUUGACAUCUGCUGUGCAGGGAAGCCAGGGUUGCUGCUACUGACACUCAGUAACUUAGAAGCAUUAGGCCUUGAGAUUGAAGAAUGUGUAAUUAGCUGUUUCAAUGACUUCACAAUGCAAGCUUCUUGCUCAGAGGAUAUGGACCAGAGAGCCCUACAAAGUUCUGAAGACAUAAAGCAAGCAUUGUUCAGAAACUCAGGAUACGGAGGAAGAUGUCUUUAAGGAUAAAAGAAUUCGGGAAGAGAAAAAUAAAAUAUUGGGGUAGAAUUUUAGAUAUUGAUUUUCAAAACUCUGUACUUGGAAUGAGCUUUUACAAGUGAGAGGUUGUAGUUUUCCUCUUCCAUCUUUUGUUUCUUGUUUUCCACCUUCGAAUAAGAGAUGUCUGUCUCCUGAAAGCCA